AUGUUCCGACUCGCCGUUUUCGGGAUGCUGCUCGCGUCCGCGCUUGCCGUCCCUGCUCCCGAAGGAUCUUCCAUGGAACCUGGGAAAUUGGACUGCCUGGAACAGGAGAAUUCGAUAUUCAGCUGCAUCGCCGUGAAAACUGCAGUCGUCCUGGACAGGGCGUCCAGGUCGAAGGACAUCCAGAUCCUCGAUGGCGUCACUUUCGUCAGGGAAGCACCUCUGGAGCGCAACGGGAAGUCCCUGAAGACGGAAACGGAAGUGAUGAACGAGCUGCCUCGGGAUGCUUCCGAUAGGACCUUGAAAUUGGCUUCCAUGAUCUACGAAUCUGCCCUGGCGUUCUUGAAGAGCCACAGUCUUAAACUGAACGUCCCCGAAGGUUCCAUUUCCAGAGCCCUUGUCGAGGGACGCGGAAAGAUCAAGAAGAUGAUCCUGCCCCUGGUCGCAGCAGCCGGCGUGAAGAUAUUCGCCCUGGUGCCGAUCGUCCUGGGAGGACUGGCUCUUCUGACCCUGAAGGCCCUCUUCGUGGGCAAGAUCGCCCUCCUCAUCGCCGGGAUCCUGGCCUUCCAGAAGCUCUUCGGAAGUGGUGCAGCCGCAUCCGGGGGUGCCAUUUUCGGGAAACCCGCUCAACCCGUUGGUUCCUGGAUCGAGUCUCCUGCUGGUCAAGGAUGGGCAGCCAACUCUGCGUCUCCCCAGUCUUCGGGAUACUACAGGAGAAGCUUCGACGAUGCCGACAUCAAGGCCCACGCACAAUCCCUGGCCUACAAUGCGCAGAUUCCCCCAGGAAGCGAGGCAAAUUGA